AUGGGUUACACGUCAAGCUGGAAAAAUGUCGUUUUUUUUCAAACCGAAAUCGGCUAUUUGGGACAUAUCGUCGAUCAGAACGGCAUCCGUCCAGAUCCUGAGAAGCUCCAAGCCAUUGCAUCUAUACCAGCACCCACUAAUGUUUCCGAGCUGCGAUCGUACCUGGGAGCCAUUAAUUUCUAUGGCAGAUUCGUUCGCAACAUCCACGAGCUUCGACAUCCUUUGGAUAAAUUAUUGAAGAAAGAUGCAAAGUGGAAAUGGGAUCCCGAUUGUCAGAAAUCUUUUGAGCGGUUCAAGCAAGUCCUGCAAUCUGAUAUGUUGUUGACACACUACGAUCCAAAACUACCAAUCAUCGUAGCCGCAGACGCUUCCAGCACUGGUAUCGGUGCAGUUAUAUUUCACGAAUUUCCAAACGGUUAUCUGAAAGCAAUCCAGCAUGCAUCAAAAUCGCUCACCCCAGCGGUGCAAGGUUACGGACAGCCAGAAAAUGAAGCACUUGCGCUUAUCUAUGGCGUGAAAAAAUUCCACAAGUAUUUGUUGGGUCGUCGAUUCACUCUUCUUACGGACCGUAAACCACUGGCGCUGAUACUUCUCAACUAUGAUUUCGAUAUCCGUUACGUAUCAACCAACGAGUUCGGGUGCGCCGACAUGCUGUCCAGACUGAUCGAUCGUUCCAAGCAACCAGAGGAGGAUUACGUUGUGGCAACUAUUUCUCUAGAAGAAGACAUGGCGAGUAUCAUCCACGACACUAUCAACCAAGUACCUGUUUCGUUCGCAGCCAUUCAAAGAGCGAUGAAGACAGAUACAGUUCUACAGUCGGUGCUGACAUUCGUCCAUGAUGGCUGGCCAAAAGAUGGACUAUCAAUCACAGAUCCAGAAGUUCGUCCCUACUUCAAUAGACGGGAAUCCCUUACUCAUUUGGAUGGCUGUAUAUUGUUUCAUGACAGAGUUGUCGUGCCAAGUAAGUUUCGAAAGCAAAUCCUGAAGCAGUUUCAUCGCGGACAUCCAGGCAUGGUUCGCAUGAAGUCCAUUGCUCGCAGUUUCGUUUACUGGCCGGGAAUCGACAAUGACAUCGAAGAUCACGUCCGGCGCUGCACUCCAUGCUGCACCGCUGGAAAAGCACCGGUCAAAACAGCUCCGGAAUCGUGGCCCAUUCCAGACAAACCGUGGUCACGCAUCCAUAUUGACUACGCUGGACCUGUGGAUGGCGUAUUUUUCCUGGUUACAGUUGACCCGUACACCAAAUGGCCUGAAGUGUACGCAACAAAAACCACAACGACCAGAACAACAACGAAACUACUUUCCCAAUCUUUCGCAACGUUCGGAGUACCAGAAACCAUCGUCUCGGAUAAUGGUACUCAAUUCACCAGUUAUGAGUUCCAGACAUUCUGUGAGCAACUGGGCAUCCGUCACGUCCGUACGGCACCGUACCAUCCUCAGUCAAAUGGAUUAGCAGAACGGUUUGUGGACACUCUGAAGCGCACUCUUCGGAAAAUUCGAUCGGGGGGAGAGACAUUGCAGGAAGCAUUUCAAACGUUUUUGCACGUUUACCGAUCGACACCAACAGCUGACCUCGGUGACAAAUCUCCAGCGGAAAUGAUAUUCGGACGACCGAUUCGUACAGUAUCAUCAUUAUUACUUCCAACCAAGCAUUCUAGUACAGCACCACAAUCAAAAGCAGGAAGACAAAACGAUCGUUUGAACAGGGAACACGGACCAGUUUCGAGACAGUUCGUACCUGGUGAUUUCGUGAAUGCUCAAGUCCAUAUAGGCAAUUCUUGGCAAUGGCAAGCUGCCACAAUUAUCGAGCGUAUCGGGAGAGUGAACUACAACGUCUUUCUUUCGGAUCGUCAGCGGCUCAUACGUUCACACACCAAUCAACUGAAGUGA